CCUUGUUUGCCCUCACUCCGACAGAGAGGACGAGCCAUUUAAAUAAGCCCGGAAGGAGAGGGGAAUGAUCAGUCAAGCCCUUAUCGUUGCUAUUAUUAUUGUCGCCAUGCUUGCAAUUAUAGCACUUCUAUUUCACGUUCACGCUUACAAGGACAUGAAACGAAAACAGAGAAUAAGAGAGCAACAUGAACGCCGACAGCGUGAGCAGAUGGAUCGAUGGCAGCAAAUAAUGGACGAGCAAGUACCGUACAGACGUAAUUUGGACCAAGUCUUGGAACGACGACCAGCAGAUGAAGAAAGCAUGAGCCCACCUUUGUACUGCGAACACGAAAACAACGACACUAAUGGCGAUGAUAAUCCAACAGCAACAGCAGCAGCUACAGCACAAUCGACGGCUAGUGCGCUAGUACCUUCUCCUCCUCCUCCAGCAUAUAAAAAUCAUCAUCUCGAUACGCGAAUUCGAUGAGCUUGUACUUUUAUCAUUCCAUUAUUUAUUUUCGACCUCAUUUUUCUGUCACGCCCACCACUUGUUAGUAAACAGUUGCUGUAUUAUUGUCAUACUUUUCUGUCUGUAAUAUUUAGCUAAACUCGUAAUCACCACCACCUUUUGUAUUCCUUUUCUUCCUAUUUAACUACUGCUUAUUACUGCUACCGCUGCAAGACCGUAGUUUUUAGGUAAAGAACCACACAGUGUGACAUAAAAUAAGUGACAGGCAGUAGUAUGUAUACAGAAAGAGCCCUGGUUUUUUGUUUGUUUG